GGAGGUCACGCUUUGGACGUCAUGCAAGCAAAGCAACAACGUAGCGUUUGAAGAUGGCCGACAAACAAACCGCUGGGCGUGUGAUCAACACAAAGUAUGAAGGAUCUCACCAAAAGCUUAUCUUCAUUGCCUUUUGUGCUUUAUUAGGAGCGAUGAAUUUUGGAUUAGCUAUUGGCUACAGCUCUCCAGCUAUCCCUAGCAUGAUCAAACGUGGAGUUAUUAAGAAGGAAGACAGCAGUUGGUUUGGAUCUCUUCUUACGAUCGGUGCAUUGCUUGGUGGUCCGCUGGGUGGAUGGCUCAUCGAAAAGGCAGGGCGAAAGCUUUCUCUGACAUUUUUAUCGAUACCGUUUGCAGCUGGAUUUUUCAUCAUUGCUUCAGCCUCAGAAACAUACCAAUGCAACUUCGGUAGAUUUUUAACUGGCAUUGGGAGUGGAAUGGUCACAGUGUGUGUCCCAAUGUACAUUGCUGAAAUCUCCACUCCUUCCAUGCGUGGCAUCUUGGGUUCAAGUGUGCAACUGCUCAUCACCAUUGGAAUAGCCGCAGCUUAUAUUUUGGGGUCAUUUUUUGAAUGGAGAUGGCUUGCAAACUUAUGCAUUAUUCCCAGUGUGCUAGGUGGGCUAUUGACAUUUUUCAUUCCUGAAACUCCUCGGUGGCUGCUCAUGAAAAACAGAAAAGCAGAUGCUUUCAAAGCUCUGAGUAGUCUCAGAGAUCCACACACUGAUGUCAGUGAAGAAUGCAAAGAAAUUGAGGAAGGUUCAGAUCCUGAAGAGAGUGUUUCAUUUUCAGAAAUGCUAAUGAAAAGAGAACUGUCACAUCCUAUAUUUUUAGUUGUUUGCAUUAUGAUUUUUCAGCAGCUUUCUGGUAUAAACGCUGUCAUGUUUUAUUCCAUUUCAAUUUUUGAAACUGCUGUCGGUGAUUUUGCUUACGCUGCUACUGAAAUAAUUGGAAUUGUCCAAAUAUUUGCCACUAUUGUUGCUGUUUAUCUCAUGGACAGUGCCGGAAGAAAGAAACUUCUUCACAUUGGCGGUCUUGUGAUGGCCUUAACGCUCUUCUUAUUUGGGCUGUAUUACAAGCUGUCUAGUUCAGGUUAUCUUGGACAGUCUCUUAAAACAUGGUUACCAGUUUGUUGCCUUACUACUUACAUAAUUGGAUUUUCUCUUGGUUGGGGUCCUGUCCCUGUGCUUAUCAUGUCAGAAAUGAUUCCGACUCGCUGCAAAGGUACUGCAGGAUCAGUUGCAAUCAUUGCUUCAUGGGGAUCAGCUUUUAUUGUAACCAGCCAGUUUGCUACUUUUCAACAGAUUAUGGGCAAUGAUGGUAUUUUCUAUUUCUUUAGUAUUUGUUGUGCUAUAGCUGUGUGGUUUGUUGGAAAAUAUAUUCCUGAAACAAAGGGUAAAUCUUUGGAGGAUAUUGAGAUGUACUUUGCUGGGAAAGGAACUAUUUUAGUAUAAAAAAAGUUAAUGGUGUAUUUUGGUGAAAAGUUGUUUUUUUUCUUCUAUUUUGACUUUUUCUUUCUCUGAUGAUAGAAAAACUUGUCACUGGAUAUGAGAGGUCUGCUCUGAAAUUUGAAGUGUUGUUAGACAAAGGAAUGUGACUGGGCACAACUUUUUUUUUGCAAGGCUUACAUUUUUUGCGCAAAAGCCUUUAAAAUAUUUUAACUCACUGACUACCAGUAUUUUGGCUGAAAGAAAUCUCAGGGAACCAGACAAGUGAAGGGUAUUUUUAGAAUAUCUUACACUUUUUGCUACAUUCACACAAAACUUGGGUUCCAUGCAAAUUAGAGAUAUAUAUAUAUAAUAAGGAUUUGUUACUUUAAUUAAAAAAGUAGAAACAAGCCCGAACAACUAUCUAUCAGAAAACUAAUUUUGAAGUUUAGUAUGCCUUUUUAUUUUGACCCUAUUUAUUCCACAUUAUUUUUCAGACUUUGAUAUAAUUUAUAGAUGUUUUUAUCAAUGAACAUGAAGUGCCCAAUAACUUGGGGUCACACCGGAACUAAAGGAAUUUUAUAGAGGAAAAUGAACAAAAAA